AUGUCAGUGCAAGCGGAAACCGAAAUCAAACACCCACCCACACAUACACGUAUACACACACAGACACAAAAAUUAUACAUCGCGUUAAGAGAAACAUUCACAAGAGCAUCAAGACAUAGCUCAAUUCUCAUGCUACGCCAGUUUAAAGAUCUGGUAGAUAAGCACACAAAUCCGAUAAAACGUGAAGGCUUUGAUUCAAAUUAA